AUAUACUGACAAAUGACUGGUUAUCUGUUUGUAAUAUUGGAUAUAUCCAUUAAAUUGAACCAUCAUUUCCACUGUCAAUUUGUGAGUUAGUAUAAAUAUUCAAGUCAAGGAUUAAGCUCCUUCCUGGACUCCAUUGCUGACAAGCUUUCUGCUUAAGCAUUCUGAGAGAAAAUCAUGGGCUCAGACUCCACCUCUACCGUUCGUCUCAAUAUAGGAGGGAAGAAAUUUUACACUACUGUUGAUACUUUGACUCAACGAGAGCCUUAUUCAAUGCUUGCUACAAUGUUCAGUGGUUGGCAUACUGUGUGUCAGGAUCCUGAAAUGGGAUUUGUAUUUGUUGAUAGGGAUGGAAAACAUUUUCGACACAUACUUAAUUGGUUAAGGGAUGGUGUUGUUCCUACAUUAAAAGACUCUCAAUUUGCCGAGCUUUUGAGGGAGGCAGAAUACUAUCAGCUACCGGGACUUAUGGAGGAAAUCAAUGCUGUCUUAAGUAGAAAGGAGGAUGAAGAAGAUUUAACUAAUGAACUAACACGAAUUGAUAUCAUCAAAUGUAUACAGUCAGAAAAAGUUAGAUUUCGAGGUGUUAAACUUUCUGGCCUUGAUCUUUCAAAACUGGAUUUGUCUUAUGUGGACUUCAGCCAUGCUUGUCUUAGAGAUGUAUUCUUCUCACGUGCAAACCUACAGUGUGCCAAGUUCCGGAAUGUGGAUGCUGAGGGUGCGAUCUUUCAUAAUGCAAUUUUGCAAGAGUGUGAAUUUACAGGGGCCAAUCUGCGCGGAGCUUUAUUAGCUGGUGCUAAUCUUAAGAGUGCAAACCUACAAGAUGCUUGUUUAAUUGGUAGUAGUUUCUGCCAGGCCGACCUCCGAUCUGCACACUUACAGAAUGCCGAUCUUACUAAUGCCAAUUUAGAAGGAGCUAUACUAGAAGGAGCCAACUUGAAGGGGGCAAAGUUGAGUAAUACCAAUUUGAAGGGAGCAAACCUUCAACGAGCUUAUUUAAGACUAGUGAAUUUGAGAGAUACGAAUUUAGAAGGUGCGAAGCUUGAUGGUGCAAAUUUACUUGGGGCAAUCAGGUGACAUUAAAGCAUUUGAUAUUUCGAUCCCUUUGAGUUUUGAAAGAGUUUUGAAGGUUCUAAAGCUAGUAGAAACAUCAAAACCUAAAGCAAGAACAAUAAGAGGAAUAACCAUAAGUUCGCCAGGAUGCUUUUGCGUUCUUGAAAUUGAUUGCUUAGGUCCGGAUGGAUCCAGAACCCUAAUUUUGUUGAGCUAUUGUUAUCAGUGGUCAAUGACUUGGUAAGAACAAGGGCAAAACAGAGUAGUGGGUGCUGGAGUCUACUUUGUGGAUGUACGUGUGGACCGACCUUUUGGGAAGCUAUUUUGUUUUUGGAAAUAUUGUUUUAUUUUCAUAAACAAGGCUCAGUUUACUUUUCAUAAACUAUGUUUACAUUAAAUAUUAAAUAUGGUCAUACGACUUUAAUUUUUUUUUUUAUAUACGAGUUUUUGAGACAUUUCGUUAAAUGAAAAUAUUUAUAUUUCCGCAUUAUCGAGUCUUAAAAAUCUAGGACGUUAUAGUUGGUAUCAGAGCUCGAGUUGAGCCAAUUUUGUAGACAAUCCACAUGUACAUUUCGCAAAGAUAGAUCGACACUUACUGUAAGUACUGUGUCUUCUUUUA